GUUACAUUUUUCACAUGUUUGCUCGUAUGCUUUUGUGUUCAUGCAGAAAUGAAUGAUACGAUACGUGGACAGUUAUUAACGAUGCACAAUGUUGUAAGGCAACUUGCCAUGUAUGGCCUCAUUCCUGGACAACCUAAAGCCGUAUACAUGAAUCCAUUGAGAUGGAAUAUGGAAUUGGAAAAGAAAGCACAAAAUCUAUCCGAUCAGUGUAAAAGUGAACACGAUAAGAAUGAUGAACGGAGAAUACAGGGAUUUCAAUAUGUUGGACAGACAUGGGCUGGUGCAUACAAGGUAGAAAGGGCGGUACAAUUAUGGUUCAGUGAAGUCGCGUAUUAUAACUUCACUACGAACAAAUGUAGUUCGACUACGUGCGGAAAUUAUCCUCAACUUGUUUGGGAAAAUACUACCGAUGUUGGAUGUGGUGUCACAAAUUGCCGGAAUUUCAAAACUAAGCUCGUGAUUGUCUGCAAUUAUGGUCCUGGAGGCGACGUAUUUGGACAAAGACCGUAUAGGACUGUAUAAGUUAUCAAUCGUAGAACAACUGAUAUUUCAUACCACUUUGGAUCGUAAAUGUCUUUCGGGAUAUUGGUGUUUGGUAUUUUGCCUCAGUAUUUCACUUUUGUUCAUGUUUUUGGUGUCUUCAGUUUUCUUAGUUGUCUGAAUAGAUGAUUUUGUUGUUUGUUGAUCGAUCGCUCAACAAAACGUAAUAAUUCGUCGUCAACUCGUUAUUGUGUUAUUUAUACACUCAUAUAUCUGUCUACAAAUCCGUCAUCAAUUUAAAUUGCUGUUGAAUUUCAAGAUUCUACCACGACUGACAAACGUCUCGUUUGAAAAUAUGCAGAUUUAUCAUUUAAGUACAUGCAAGCAUCAUUUUACUUAAUUGCAUAAAACAAUAUUCGAAUGAAUAACCGGAUAUUUGUAUGAAAUAUAAUAAACCG